AUGACGGCUCUUUUCGUAUUACUCUUCGUCUUUGCAUUCUCAGAAGAAAUCAAGAAGAUCGACCAAAGCAAAUACUUCAACUGCGAGUUUCACACACCUCGAAAAUGUCAGAUCGAGAACGAGGAAGGAAUUAAAGCCUUUAUCAAGUCCGAGUUUUUGAAUUACCCAAUGGUCAUUCACACCAACUCAGAUAAAGCCGCGUUUGUAUUCUACGACGUCACAGGAACACAAAUAGAGGAGAUCCCGUUGCUUGGCCUCAGACAAUCCCAAAUUGAAAAUAUUUUGGACAGGAGAGGAUUUUACUGCGAGAACCCAAAACAAUUCAAAAAGCUCGAAGAACUCUUUACAGACGACUUUGUUUUGAACUUGGUGAAGCCAAGCAAAUAA